CCUCCCUCCCUCCCUCCCUCCCUCCGGCCUCCUCCCUCCCAAAAAGCAGAGCAAGAGCAUGCAGAGGAACAGGGUGGGCAUUGUUGGCGCAGGUGUGAGUGGCCUAGCAGCCUGCAAGCAUGUGCUCGACAAGGGAUUUAGUCCAGUGGUGUUUGAGGCUGACGGAAGCAUCGGUGGGGUGUGGGCGCAUACCUUGGAGUCGACAAGGCUUCAAGCACCAACGACAGCAUACCGCUUCUCAGAUAUGGCUUGGCCAGAGUGUGUGACAGAGGCAUACCCAAGCCACCAAAAGGUCAUGAAGUAUAUAAGGUCGUAUGCAUGCAAAUUUCAACUCCUCAAGUACAUCAAGUUCAAUAGCCAGGUGCUUGGUGUUGAGUACCUUGGUGCGACUGUGGAAGAGAUAAUGAGCUGGGAGCAAUGGUCUGGCAAUGGGACAGCAUUCGGAACUGGGAAGGAUGGAGGGUGGCGCAUCACAGUGAAAGACUUGAAGGUCGGUGACACUCAGGUUUUUCAAGUGGAUUUUCUCAUCCUGUGCAUUGGAAGGCAUAGUGGAACCCCAAAUAUCCCCAAAAUUCCGGCAAGUGGGCCUGAGUUGUUCAAGGGCAAAAUAUUGCACUCACUGGACUACUCUUACAUGGAUAAUGUGGCUCAUUUUGUUAAGGGGAAGCACGUCACAAUAAUUGGCUCUGGAAAAUCCGCAUUUGACAUAGCUGCAGAGGUUGCCAAGGUGAAUGGUGCAGCUCAGCCAUGCACCAUCAUAUAUAGAACAAGACACUGGCUGGUCCAUAAGUCUAGCAUAUGGGGAGUUGACCUCAGUUACUUCUAUCUAAAUCGCAUCUCGCAGCUGCUACUUCAUAAACCUGGUGAAGGAUUUCUACGUUAUAUGUUGACUACUGCACUGUCUCCCUUGCGAUGGGCGAUCUCAAAAGUGAUCGAAACUUACUUCAAGUGGAGCAUUCCCUUACAAAAGCAUGGGAUGGUACCUGACUACAGCUUCUCCUUUGCUAUGUCCUCAUGCUCGAUUGCAAUGCUGCCAGAAGGGUUUUAUGACAGGGUUGACGAAGGCAGCAUUAUUCUCAAGAAAUCCAAGGCAUUCAACUUCUCUAAUAAUGGAAUCAUCCUGCAAGACAGAAAGGAAAGCAUAAAAAGUGAUAUUGUGAUUCUAGCAACAGGAUUCAGAGGAGAUCAGAAGCUUAGGGACAUCUUCACAGCAAAUUGGUGUAGAAAGAUAGUGGCAGGAUCACCGAAUACACCAGCUCCUCUAUACAGAGAAUGCAUCCAUCCGCGGAUUCCUCAGUUGGCAAUAGUUGGAUACUCUGAGAGUCUUACUAACAUAUAUGCCUCAGAGAGGAUGGCCAAUUGGGUUGCCCAUUUCCUGGCUGGUGGUUUCAAAUUGCCAAGCAUAACAUGCAUGGAAAACAGUGUAGCAGAAUGGGCCAAGUACAAGAAUAUAUACAAUGGGAAGUAUUUUCCCAGGUCCUGCAUAAGCACCAUUAACAUUUGGUUAAAUGAUCUGUUAUGCCAAGACAUUGGAUGCAACCCUAAAAGGAAGAAAGGGUUCCUGGCUGAAUGGUUCCAGCCAUAUGGACCUGCUGAUUAUGCAGGUCUCUCCUGAAGGUAGUUGCAUCUCUCUUGGUCCAUAUUCAUAGGGAAUGAUGAAGAGACCAGAGUUAUUACGUCCAUGACUGUACAGACGAUUUAGAAGGGCUUUAUCUUCAAAAGUUACUGUUACUGUCAGCACAGGAGAAUAUUUCCACAAUGUUCUGCGUCCAGUUUUAAUUUCAGGCAGGAGAAAAAAAUGAGCUAUCAUUAGCAAUGUGAAACCUACAAGCAAAAUCUGUAUGGUGUUUGAACUGUAUGGUUUGAAUUACCAGAUCGAUCUAAAAUAAGUCUGCAAUGUUCUGUCUA